AUGUGCCAACAUAUCGUCCAACGUUAUCCAGAUAUGCUUAUACAGGUAAAUAAUGAAGGACAGAAUGCUGCAUUAUACGCCGCUCAAGGAGGGAAUGUUGAAAUUUUAGAACUUCUAGCAGGAAAAGGCGUCGACAUGACAUAUAAAAACAAGUUUGGCAGUAAUACUUCCGACAUUGCUUGUGUCAAUUCUCAAUUAGAUAUGUGCUGGCGAAUCAUCCAGCAUUAUCCAGAUAUUCUUAAGCAGGUUGAUAUUUCUGAAGGGUGGAAUGCUGCAUUUUACGCCGCAAAAGGAGGAAAUGUAAUAAUCUUAGAACUUCUGGCAGACAAAGAUGUUAAUCUGAUGUAUAAAGACAAACUUUGCAGAAAUAUUCUUGACAUUGCUUGUGUGUUUUCCCGAUUAGAAAUGUGCCAACAUAUCGUCCAACAUUAUCCAGAUUUGCUUAAUAAGGUAGACAAUGGAGGAAACAAUGCUGCCUGUUAUGCUGCAACAGGAGGGAAUGUUAAAAUUUUAAAACUGUUGGCAGAAAAAGGCGCCGACAUGACUUAUAAAAACAAGCAUGGAAUGAAUAUUCUCCACUUUGCCUGUAGGUUUUCUAACUUAGAAAUGUGCCAACAUAUAAUCCACCAUUAUCCAGAUAUGCUUAAUCAGGUGGGUUAUAAAGGGCUGAGUGCUGUAUUAUCCUGGCACAAGGUGGAAAUGUCAGAAUUUUAA